UUUGCAACAUCGUGAAUUUGUAGUGUGACUAUGGGCGAAAAGAAACCAGAACCUUUGGAUUUUGUAAAAGAUUUUCAGGAAUACCUAACUCAACAGACUCACCAUGUGAAUAUGAUUUCAGGCUCUGUUAGUGGAGACAAAGAUGCAGAGACUCUUCAAGGAGCAGGGACCGAAGGUGAUCAAAAUGGAUUAGAUCAUCCUUCCGUAGAAGUUCCACUGGAUGAAAACUCAGGAGUGUUGGUAGAUGGUUUUGAAAGAACUUUCGACGGCAAAUUAAAAUGCCGAUAUUGUAACUAUGCCAGCAAAGGAACAGCACGACUCAUAGAACAUAUUAGAAUUCACACAGGUGAAAAACCACAUAGAUGUCACCUAUGUCCCUUUGCGUCAGCCUAUGAACGUCACCUGGAAGCUCAUAUGCGGUCUCAUACUGGUGAAAAACCUUACAAAUGUGAAUUGUGUUCCUUCCGCUGUAGUGACAGAAGCAACUUGUCUCACCACCGGAGACGCAAACAUAAAAUGGUGCCAAUAAAGGGUACAAGGCCUUCGCUUAGCAGCAAGAAGAUGUGGGGUGUUUUGCAAAAGAAGACCAGUAACUUGGGCUAUAGCCGAAGAGCACUCAUUAACUUAAGUCCACCUUCGAUGGUGGUUCAGAAGCCAGACUAUCUUAAUGAUUUCACUCAUGAAAUUCCAAAUAUUCAGGCUGAAGCAUACGAAAGUAUAACAAAGCCAACAGAGACUAGUGGAUUGCCGAGAGAUUCACAAGACCUUAUGAUAGAUAACCCUUUAAACCAGCUAUCUACUUUAGCAGGACAGUUGUCUAGUCUCCCUCCUGAAAACCAAAACCCACCAUCUCCCGAUGUUGUACCGUGUCAAGAUGAAAAGCCUUUCAUGAUGCAGCAACCUGCUGCAGCAACUUCUGUUCCAGCUGUCACCACCAGUAUUCCCCAGAACUCAUCCCCUACAAGUCCAGAUCCUCGUCCUGUACAUUCGCAAAGGAAUUACAGCCCGGUGGCCGGGCCAAGUAGUGACCACAGCGCGCAGGCCAGCACCCCAAGUAUCAGUAACAGUCAACCAAGCACUCCAGCACCAACUCUUCCGGUUCAAGAUCCUCAGCUUCUGCAUCACUGCCAGCACUGUGACAUGUAUUUUGCUGACAAUAUCCUGUACACUAUUCAUAUGGGAUGCCAUGGAUUUGAGAACCCUUUCCAAUGCAACAUUUGUGGUUGCAAAUGUAGAAACAAGUAUGACUUUGCUUGCCAUUUUGCCAGAGGCCAACAUAGCCAGCAUUGACUGAUUUUUUUUUAAAUGUAGACCGUGCUUUCUUUUAUUUAUUUGUUUAAACACAUUUCUGUUUCUUAUGUAAUUGGAAAGUUGCCUUUGGAGGAAUCCAGCUAACAAUUUAAUGUUGGACGCAGACAACUUAUAUUGUCAUAAUUUGCUGACAAUAUGUUUGCUAGUCAUGGUGGUAUUCUUUAUACGGCUCCUCAAGCAAAAGUGAGGCUUACAGUGCAAUUGUAUCUUCUACUUUACUUUAUAUAAAAACGAAAUCUUGGAUCAGUUCUAGCACAGCUACAAUUCCUUAGAUUAGCCUGUGCCACAAGAGAGCCUAUAAUUCUGCUUUUCUCCAAUUAGCCUAAUACAAUCAGUUUGGGGGUAUGGGCCAUCUGCUAAACUGCUAGAAAAUUCUGUAAACAUUAUCAGCAAACAUAAUGCCUACAAGAAAAUCUAGAAUUCCCUACGCCCAAAACCUGUAAUUGCAGCCGGGUGUUUAAUGAUGUUCCUUUUUAGUACAUUGUGGCAGUAAUAACGUGAAAUAAGAGUUACAAAAAUACCCACUUUCCAGUACUACUAUCCUGUUUUUGGAGAGGGGGGGGGGCGCAGAAUACAACCAAACAAAUGCCUGGUGUUAAAACUUUUGCAACUUUUCAAAACUGUGGAAAAAGAAAACUUUAGAACAAAAUGGAUAAUGUGUUAAAAGAAUGUACCAUAAUCUUUUUGACUAGCUUUGCAGCACAUUACAAAUAUUUUCAUUGCCUUUUAAGUGCUGAUGUCUGUGCUAUUUUGCCUUCUAAGCAGUAAUGACUUUUAAUGGAAAUGAAGCAGCAAGAAAGUUACACGAUUUCGAUGACCCAUUCAGAUUUUGUGUGGUCAUUUUAACUAUGAAUCAUUUCUUUUUUUGAAAACAGCAUUCUAGUCACAGAGGCAACAAGGGACAAAGGAUAGUUUAGACUUUUGAUUUUCUUUAAAGAGUCUGAAGAUGGUAAGGCAAGAUGCAAAUAUGCAGAAUCACAUUAAUGAACUGCAGCGGAUAUAAAAUGUAUGAUACUUCUGUCUUAAAAUACUUAGGAAAAAAUAGGCACUUUAAACAAAUUAUGCUAGCAGAGACUGCAGAAUAUUAGUUUAUAGCACAUAAUUCUUUAAUAGCAUACAGAAGAACACUGAAAUGCACUUUUAUUGUAUAUUUUUUUAUUUCACAGGAAACAAAAAUAUACUUUAUAUUGCUAUCCCUUGCAUAACCAGUAAAUAUGCACAUACAAACCCAUUUCAAACAUGAUAGAGUGCAUUUAUUGAACUGUUUAAAAACCUUGCUUCUUUUCAUGUUUGGGAAUAUCUGAUUAUAAGCUUCAUCUUCAGAAUGUUUGAUCCCUCUGAAAAAAUACGGACCUUUCCAGACUUUUGAGGAAAGGCUUUGGAAGAAAGAGUGGUAAGGAAAAAAGAUCCCAUUUACUUAGAGACACUCUUACAUGCCAUCUCUGGCCAGAGUAUUUUUAGAAUUUCCUGAUUUUUUUAAAAAAAAUUUGAAGUCUCACUGGUUAGCGCUGGUAGCGUCAGGGAUAGUGUUUAAAAUCCCUUGCAAAAGGAUGUCACAAAAUGAAAAUUCACUUCACUGCUGGACAUAUCUGCUGAUGGAAGUUGGGGUUACAUGUUUUCCACCUACAGAAAACCACGAAAGGUAUAAGAAUCUGGUAAGUAGUUACGAUUUGGGCAAGAUAGCUGUUGAUGACCCCAUACGCCUGAAGCAAAUCAGUGGAUUCAUGUAGUUCUUCAGAAUGGAGAAGUAUAUUUCAAGUCUUUUAUUUUUGCAUUGCUGGUCUAUGAUGAUAAUAAAGAUUUGAGUGAUUGAUAUUUUAAUUUGCAAAAGUGCUGCAAAAUGUUUUUAUGAGAAGUAACAUUCAAUAGCUUACCAAUUGAGUAAAAUAUUAGAUAUUUGCAGGGUUUUUUUUAGACAGCACAUAAUUAUCUACUUACCUGACAUUCCUUUCUAGCAGAUUUUCAUCUUACCAGUUUCCAGUGAUGUGCACAUUCAGAUGUCACUUAGUUAAUGAUUUUGGUCUUUAUAUAGCCACAUUGGUCCAUGCAGAAAUCUAGGGAGUUUCAAAGGAGCUGCAGCCGAUGCAGCUGGAGUGUGUUUGCAGUAGUACCUCCUGCCUUUAUUUUAUUUUAUCAAUUUUUAGUACUCCCAUUGGAUUCUUUUUUAUUUAAUUAACAUUUUUUGGUGGAGGAAGUUUCAGAAUAUGUAGUGCUGGUAUAGGGACCGAAGAUUUCUACAGGACUUGCAUUUGAAAGCGAUAGUGGUCUGGUUUACCUCUAAAUUAAAAAUAUAAAUGGUACAUUCUACCAUUUCAAUUAGGUUUAAAUGUGCAUGUGGGUAGUCUUUAUCAGUGAUCUCUUUAGGGAACGCUGAUCUGCAGAUAUUUUGUAUCCCUAUAAUAUCACUUCAUAGUUUUGCAGCUUCCAAAGAUUUCUACUUGGACCAGUCUGGCCAUACAAAGACCAAAAUUACUGACUAGGUUACGCUGGACUCCACUGAGUAGACAGCGCAAGUCUGAGGUACUAGUUCUAGUGAUCUGUUGAUUAUCUGUACAACUUCCAAACAUGAAAUAACUUCAUUAAUAGGUCCUUAGGAAAUGUAGAAAUUUAAAGAUUUGGGCUCAGAAUCAAUAAAAGUCUAGCAAAAGCUCAAUAAAUGCUAAUAUUUUUAAUAUUCUGUUACCAUUUUUUUAAAAAUUCAAAUGACUUUAAAUUUUGGCAUUAAGGUGGCAGUGAUACCCAAGGGACACUUCCACUUAGAAUCUCCCUGAUGCCUUUUGCACUACUAUUGAUAGUGAACUACCUGUAACACAAAGACUGAAAGUAGGAUAAGAACUCUGGUGGCGUAGUGGUCAGAAUGCGGUAUUGCAGGCAAACUGCCCACAGCCUGGAGUUUGAUCCUGAUAGGCUUGCAGGUGGACUCAGCUUUGCAUGUUGUUGGAGACAAUAUGCAAAACAAUGUAAACUGCGAGUGUGUGCUAUAAAGCGCUAUGGUAUACUGUAUAAGCGAUGGUAUACUGUAUAAGUCUAAAUGCUAUUGCUAGGACCAAAAGAAAAACCAUGAAAUUAAACACAGAUUUAAUUUAAAGCUGAGUGUGGUACAACUGACAAAAAGUAGUGAGAAAUCAGUAAAUUUAAAGUCCACUAUUUCAAUGACAAAAGCCAUAUUUGCAUGAGAUAUCAAAGCACUCAGCUUGGAUGGAACAGUAUGUUUAUGCUUUUGUAACAGGAGCCAAAAUGCCGUGCCUUUUUUAAUUAACCCAGUUAUACUAUUGGACAGGAAGCACAUAGCCUUGUUCUAUUCUGUUAUAGUCUGAGUUUUUCAACAAGAGAAUAUCACUUUAAAAAAAAUAUGCUAUCCAGGUUUUUCAACCGUGCAGAUACAGAACGUCAGCAAAUUCCCUGCUGGAAGCUCUUUCAAUCCCAAAAGUAUUUUUUUCUCACAAUUAUAUUUCGCCUGUUUCUAAAAAAAAAUUUCUCUUUCUAUUGCAAAGAAAGAAGCCUGUUUGUAUAACCAAUUGACUCUUCCUACAAUAAUGACUUCGAAUAAUUUGGACUUGGAUAUCCACACUCCCCAUCUCACAUAACAUCUUUGAGCUAUAUAAUUGUCAAUGCUCGCUUGCAAUAAUGGGUAAAUGCAGCAUACAAUUUGUCAGACAGAUUACUGUAGUCUACUAACCGAUAACCAGUUUAUUCGUUGUGUUUUGCUAGGUAGUAAGGAGGGCAGGUUUAACGAAAAUACCAGUAGCAACUUGGUGCCAGUUCUAUCAAGGAAGCAAAUGACACGAUCAUUGGUAAUCCUGUUCCACUCUAGCACUUCACUCAUGAACAAUUUGGGGGUGUUCUGCCUUACUGCGCUUAUGAAUUUUGUAUUUUAAAAACUUUAUAAACAUUUUGAUUAAGAUGCUAAUGAGGUACAUUUAUUCACAUUAAGCUCAUUUGGUAACAUUUUGGUUUCCUGGUGAUAAUAUAGAAGUGGUUGAUCAUUGCCUUGUUCAGCUUUUUAAAAUUCCUGGUACAACUUGUAUCCCUGGGAUUUCUUAGUAUUGUAUUGUAUUGUAUUGUAU